UCCUCCCCGUCUCGUUUUGGAUUUCGUUCCACAACCUGGCGAGUCCCCAAUGCUGUGUGUACAAUCUUUACUACAUGUCGUCUUUUGUUUUCCAUUAAACUGGUCUGUUUUACUCCUUAAACUCUCCUUUAAUCCUGCAAGUAGAGCAAUUAUCCCUGAGACUGGUGGUUUCAGUCCUGAUGCUGCGGUACCGCCUGCCACACAGAACAGUUUGUUGCUGGGGUGAUGGGGGUCUUUGAUAAUCCUGUGGGCUUUCUUCCUGCGCCGCUGGGAGUAGAAGUCCUUCAUGGAUGGCAGCUCCGUCCUGGUGAUGUUCUGUGCACAGUAUUGUAUGCCAAAGAACAUUCAUAAUAUAUGACUUAAUCAUUUAAAACAAUUUAAAAAACGACUAAAAAAAGCUUUUCCAAAACUCAUUUCUUCAAAGAUAAGAAAAUGAGUUUAUAAAUGAGACCUACAUAAAUAAACAAUAACAUAUUUUUAAAAAAGGCCAAAUAAUUAAUAAAAUAAGUCGAAAAUAAUGUAAUGUAUUAUUUAUAUUUGAUGUAAUUUAUUUUAUUUCUUAAAUGUUUUGAUCUAUCUACCAAUCCGUCGCUUCACACUCCAGUCCAGCAGGUGGCGGUGAUGCAGCGAAUCAUUGCCAACCCGAUAAAAGAAGAAGACCCUCCUCUUCUGCUCUUACUAAUCAGGCUUCAUCUAACUGCUCUCGGGAGGAAGAGGAAAGAAGAAAAGUAGAAAUGGAGCCCAAACAGAAGCUGAUAAACUCUGCGGACAGCUGUGUGGACGAGGCUCUCUGUGGGCUGGUGAGGGCCAGUGGGAGCCUCUCUCUGCUGGAGGGCCACAGAGUCGUGCUGCGCUCCGACCUGCACAACCUGAGGGGGAAGGUGGCCCUGCUCUCCGGAGGGGGGUCCGGACACGAGCCUGCACACGGGGGGUUUCUAGGUGCAGGCAUGCUGACUGCAGCGGUCGCAGGGGGGGUGUUUGCUUCUCCUCCCCCUGCCAGCAUCCUGGCUGCCGUACUCUGCUUGCACAACGCAGGAGCGUCGGGCGUCCUCCUCAUCGUGAAGAACUACACCGGCGACCGCCUCAACUUCGGGUUGGCUGCGGAGCAGGCCCGUAACCACGGCGUUGAUGUCGACAUGGUGAUAGUUGCCGAGGACUGCGCCUUCAACCAGCCAAGGAAGGCGGGAAGGAGAGGCCUGUGUGGCACCAUCUUCAUACACAAGCUGGCCGGUGCUUUAGCAGAAGAAGGCUGCUCAUUGGUCCAGAUUGUUUCCAAGGUGACAGAGGUUUUGAAGGGGAUCGGUACUCUGGGGGUGAGUCUGUCUCCCUGCAGCGUGCCCGGCUGCCUCCCCUCUUUUGACCUGCCGCCGGGAGACAUGGAGCUAGGACUGGGGAUCCACGGUGAACCUGGAAUCAAGAGGUCGAAGGUGGCGUCCGCAGAUGAGGUGGUGAAGACCAUGAUAGAUCACAUGACCAACCCUGACAGCCAAUCACAUCUGCCGCUUAAGUCAGGAGACAGUGUGGUGGUGUGUGUGAACAACCUGGGAGCGCUGUCCUGUCUGGAGAUGGCCGUUGUUACCAGAGCGACCAUCGUCUGUCUGGAGAGUCGCGGAGUGCUGGUUGCCAGGGUGAUGUCGGGGUCGUUCAUGACAUCACUGGAGAUGGCGGGCACGUCGCUGAGCCUGAUGAAGGUCGACCAGGAAACACUGAGACUGUUUGAUGCUAAGACCAGCGCCCCCGCCUGGCCAAACCUCAGCAGUGUGUGUGUGAGCGGACGCAGCUACAUCACACAAGCCACGAGCUCAUGGCCACAGGACGACACACUCUCCGAAGGGCCUCUGAGUCCCGUCAUGCGUAGAGCACUGGAUAAGAUCUGUACCACACUGCUGGAGAAGCAGGAGGAACUGAAUGCGUUGGACCGCGCUGCCGGGGACGGAGACUGCGGGAACACUCACGCUCAGGCUGCUAGAGUCAUUCAGGAGUGGCUCCAGAGUCAUGUGGUCCCUGGUUGCCCCGGGCGACUGCUGUCAGUCCUCGCUGGAUUGGUCCAGGAGAAAAUGGGCGGGUCUUCAGGAGCGUUGUACACUCUGUUCCUGACGGCGGCGGCAGGCCAUGUGACCGAGGGGCAGAGCGACGCUGCAGCCUGGGCUACUGCAAUGCAUGCUGGGACACAGGCCAUGAAGAAGUAUGGUGGCGCUGACGUUGGGGACAGGACGAUGUUGGAUGCUUUGUGUCCUGCUGUGGAUGAGCUGAUGAAGCUGAAAACAGCUCCACCCGGGGGACAGGUGGCGGUACUGCAGGCUGCUGUGGAGAAAGCGUCCUCGGGAGCGGAGUCGACCCGUGACCUCACAGCGAUGGCGGGCCGGGCGAGCUACAUCGCGGCGGAGCGAGUCACGCUGCCCGACCCCGGAGCCGUCGCUGUGGCCGCCAUCCUGAGAGCCGUGCUGGAGGCCCUGGAGGAGCAGAAGUAAAACAGCAAACAGCAUCAGAGCAGAUGAUUACUAUUCAAGGUUAAUAAUAGUGAUUUUGAUCUCUUUGAAUCUCAUUUCAAGCUAAUUUGCAUAGCUUUUAUACAGUGAAUGAACACGAACUAGGGCAUAAGGGACCACACAGACAGAAAUGCUAUACAUUCAAUCAAAGUAAGACUUGAAUUAAUUGUUGUUAUAAUGGAUAUACAUGAGGAAUAUUGUACCUAAAAAAGAUAAUCUCUCUAAAAACUGACUGUAUGCUUUGGAAUAUACACAUUUUGUAUAUUUAAGAUAUAGUAAAUGGUCAGAAACAAGAGGAGAAACCUAGGUAUGUUCCUUGAAAAUGUGAUUAACAAGCUCAGAAACACUGUUUAUACAAUCAAAGUGUAGUAAGACUCAAAUCAUUAUUGUUACAAUGCAUCUAUAUUAAUAUUUAGUUGACUUAUUGUAGCAUAUAAGCUUUGUGUAAGUCAUUCCUUAUUACUACUAAUGAAAUUCAAUAAAUGCAGAGUUUAUUACAUUAUUCCGGAUCAAAAUGGCUGAUAUUUGAAUGAAAAAUCUAUAUUUCUUAACAUUAAAGCAGCAGAAGCAAAGAUCUCCUUUCAAAAAAGCUUUGAAAAAAUGUCCCAAUUUGGGAUAAAGUAUUUCUGAUUCUGAUUAAGAAUAACACUAGAGACUACAUUUCCCACAAUGCACCUUGAUAAUAUGAUCAGUUUUGCAGUUUGUUGAAGUGGAACAAGUCAAAUAAUAUUACAUUUAUUGUCAUGUUUUGUAAUCUCUGUGUCGCAAGGAGUUAAAUGCACUUCCUUAAAACAGCAGUAUGGAUUCUGAUGACUUAAACAACAAGUAAAGUGUAAAUAAUAAACAGUUAUAAACAACAAA